AUGCUUCAGCUAGCUGUUUCACUUGAUUGGGCCAAUUGCACCUGUAGAACUGACAACCAUGUCCCACACCGUCAUGGCUGGCACUGCCCGAGAGGCGAUCGCGCCGUCCAACUAGCAUUAAUCUCCGCAGUGCAUUCGUUCUCUUUCCGCUGGCUACCGUUAGUCACGGAUACUGCAGGGGAUGGCCAGCAGCUUCUGCGACUUGGCGAACACCUCUGGACCAAUGCCAAGUCCAGAAUCAUGUCCGUUUUUGACAAGCUCAGCUAUCAAACAGCUUUGGCUUUGUAUCUGUUCGGACUAACUCCAAUUCCUAAAGGAGCUUCCGUGGAUGUCGAGAAUGCUCACAGCGCUGGCGAGGUUAGCAUUGAUAUGGCGCUUCGCCAAAUCCACAGACUAAGAGUAAAACGACGCGAUAUCAGAUUUUCCGGUACUGGCCUUUCGGUUGGUAGAAGCGACGGAGAAACUCCUAUUAUCCACACCCCUGUGAAUGAAGAUUUUAUCCAUGCCGAGAAUAUGAUGUACUGGGCUGGGGUGGUGUUUGAUACCUCUUCAUCUAUGACUAGAGGGUGUCCUUCUAUCCUCUGCAGUGGCGUGUUUGGCUUUGAAGAAGAGCCAGUCUUCCGCCUUAUGAAAGCUCGAGUUCAACUAUUCCAUGAAAGUACAGAGUCAUGGAGACAGAAUGGGUUUGUCCCGACAAGUCAGGCUACGCUAUAUGUUGUUCACCGGGCAUCCACCUGGAAAGGAUACGUCUGGAAAAUAAUCGGAGCUCUGCGAGAAGCUAUCAAUCAUGGCUAUGGAGAAGCUGUCAUAACAAGGCUGGAAACCCUCAUUGCUGAGGCUCUGGAUCGCUUCAAUAGAACCUUCAAACCCCUUCUUGCAGCCUGUGAGAAGCACAUUCUCUUUUUCAGCAAGGAUGCUCGAUUGUGUUAUUACCUUCUUCAAUUGCACUACUAUAUGGGCCUAUUACUUCUGUGUAGCCUAGCUGUAUCUACGGAACGGACAGAUAUCGUUCCAGAGUUUGAUGCCGUUCGUCGCGAGUCUGUUCACACCAUUUUCAGCACGAUCAGCUUUGGUCUCAGCUGUCAGGUGGCUCUUGGCCAAGACGGGACCCAACACAGCCGGAAGCGCUUCUCACUGAUCAGCUUGGAUCCUUAUCCACACCACAUUCUCGCAUCAUUACAGCUAGCUAGUCAUGUUUUGCUUGACUAUCUGAAGCGAGACGAGAUAACACAAGACGCGUUCGAUAACUUUUGUCGAAUCGUGUUUGAUGCGCUUGAUGAAAUUCCCCAGUGCUUGCAGUCAGUACAGAGAGUAAAGAAGCUCUUGUAUGAGACACUGAGUGCCGGUAGCCAUCAUUUUGAUACAGCAUCGGAUACACUACGUGAGCCGGCUACGAGCGGUUUGAGCACCCCGGGAGGACAACAACAUCAGCAAGUAACCCGUAAUGAUCGUCGAACAAAUAACGAAACCACGAAUUCCGAGGAGUCAAGUAAUGAUAUCACCGGUUCAAAUCCACCGGCUCCUACUUUUACCAAUAUUGACGAAGCAGGACUCGGUUGCCUAGCAAAGACACUCUUCGCUGGACCUUCAGUAGUGCUUAGUACAAGAUCUUAG